AUGAAACAGAAUAUGACAUUUCUGGAUUUCGAAGACGAGGAGGAGUUGGAGGGUGAGGAUGGAGCCUUCAAGGACACCAUAAUUGAACCUCCUUCUCUUCGGCCGAAGCCUAAUAAACCCGCCGCUAACAGCCAACAGGGGAGAGCACCAACACUAACCAUUGAAGUUGUUCGAGUUGGCCGACCUUUAAAAUUUCAUACAAGAAAAUAUGUAACUGAUUCUCCGAUAUAUUUUUGCAAAUUAUUAUGCGUAUCUGGUCCAUCAGGGCUAGAACAUAUCUCAUUUUAUGAUCUUAUUUGUUUUAUUUUUUCCACAAACCGCUUCAGAAGGCUGUGA